AUGGAUAUCGAUGAUAUUACAAAGUUUGCAAAUACGGAUGAUACGGAUGCAGACAAGUUACGGGAGAAAGUCACUGAAGAUAAGGAAAAAAUUAUAAAGUCAAAGGUUGCUCAAGACACCGCGUACUGGGAAUUGAAGGAGAAGUUGCAGCAAGUGCAAGACAACCAUGAGAGACUGCAGCAGAACAUGGCUGAGGUGCAUAUGCAGCAUGAGGCCGCCAACGCUAAGUACCAGGAAGAGCUGAGACAUCGACCUGAGAUACUCAACAAACUGUCAUUCACGCGUAAGAUCUGCGACGUGCUGCAAGAGUCGAGCGAGCGGCUGCAGGAGACGCUGUCGCGCUGCAAGGCGGACGGCGCCACACUGUACACAGCAUUCAACAGCUCCGCGGAGCAGCUACGGGAGAUGCGCCAUAAGCAGGUGCAGCAGGACGAGAAGGUCAAACAUCAAGUUGAAGGCCUGCAAGAGAAAGUGUCGCUGUCGAGCAACCACUCCAGCGAGCUGGUUGAAUACCUGACGAGCGCGAAGCAGCAGGUGGAUGGUGAGCUAACGGAAGUGCGCGCGCAGCUCGCGACCGCUAACGCCCGCAACAACGACCUGCUCACCGCCCUCGGUGAUAGCAACAGGGAAAUAGACAGGCACAAAUAUGAGACGGACAGGAAAGAUGAUAUGAUAACGCAUCUUCAACGUGAAAUGAAGAGACACGAAGAUGAAUACAACAUCCAAACCAGCAACGCGAACAAAACCCUCGCACAGAAAGAUAAAGAGAUUCAAGAAGCAAUAGAUGCUGUUCAAUCUCUCAAGCAAGCGUUGAUGAACCAAGAACAAUUUAUAAAGAGCGUGAGCGACGAGAGAAACUCACUGCAAGAAAAGGGUCGUCUGCAGCAGACUAUCCAAGACAUGCAGAAAACAGACAACGUGGAGAAGAAGUUGACCGGCCGGCGCUGGCCGCCCCCUAAGGAACAUUUCGUCCUCGAGCUCGACGAUAACGCCGUCAUGAUGACCCCCCCUCGCGCGAAAGUAGCAAGGCAAGAAACUGUUGGAAAAAGGCUGGAGCUGACGCCACCCGCCGCCUCGUCCACUGUGCCUACCGCGCCCACCGCGCUCACCGCGCCCACCGCGCCCACCGCGCCCAUGGCUGCCUGGAGUCCCGAUAGUUUGUUUAAAAUCUUUUCCGACUCUAGCUCUGAUGACGAUACACUAAACGAGACGGCAGUGAAGCGCUGUUUCGCUGCUCUGUCUCGUGGCGAAACUCUGUCGCGUGCGCAAAUGGCCACGUUGAAAAAACGACCCAAUCGCAUUGAACCAAGGAACCAAAUUCAAAAGCAACAAAUGCCACAAGAAAUUGUAUCAAAUGCGAAGGAGGAUACUGCAAAGUCAAGACCUCGAAAAUUCUUCAAGCAUAAGAGGUUGGAAACAAAGAAAUAG